AUGUCAAGAAAUACAAGCGAUUAUCUAAGGUACGUUACUGAAUCUAUCGCCAUAGAUUUCGGUUUCGUUAUAUUAAUCACUGGUUUCAUUGGUAACUUACUGAACAUCAUUACAUUUUUAACAUUGAAAACAUUUCGAGAAACAUCCUGUGCGUUUUAUUUGACAUCAGCAUCGUGCGCAAAUCUGAUUCAUCUUGCAGCUAGUUUGCUAUCCAGAAUUCUCAUAACUGGAUAUAAUAUUGAUUUAACACGUACUUCAUCAUUUACAUGUAAACUGCGUCAAUACGUCGCGGUGAUCGCUCCUCUUAUGGCAUUGUCUUGUAUGUGUUUAGCAACGAUUGAUCAAUAUGCUACGUUGACACUCCGGUGGCGACAUUUCAGUCGACGAACUCUUGCUUGCCGAUUUGUUGUGCUGAUCUUCGUGUUUUGGUGUUUGAUAAAUAUUCCAGUGAUUGUCUACUAUGACAGAAGUGUGUUUUUGGUCGAGAAUCAAUGGCAAUGUUUGAUCAUUAAUAUGGAUUAUAAUAUUUAUUUUUCUCGAUUCCACAUUACAUUUUUACUUGGGUUUAUUCAGUUAACAAUUCGGACCGUGUUUGGCCUUUUAGCGUUCAUUAACGUACGAAGAUUAAGAAAUCGUCAAAGCACAAUCAUUCGUUUGGAACGAGAUAAACAAAUCACAUCAAUGGUUCUAUUCGAAACAGUCAUCGAUGUUCUACUAUCUUCACCAUUCUUUAUCUAUUAUGCGUAUAAGCCAUAUAUAUUAAUAACAGAUGCUGCUGAUAUUUCUGUCUAUACGUUCAUUAUCACAACUACGACUAAUUUAAAUUACGCAGCAUAUGCAAUUGGAUUUUAUAUCUACUGUUGUGCAUCGUCACGAUUUCGCAAACAAGUCUUUCAUGUUGUCGUUGGUGUCCAUAUGAAAUACUGGUGUAAAAUGAAUGUAACCGGUACUGCUAAUCAAAUAGCUCCAUGUAAUAGUGGAAAUCGGGCAGUAUCGCUAGAAAUGGAUAUCAGAAUCGAACAAUGUUAA